AUGUACAUACUUUCUAUUUUGUAUCUUUUUUUUUUGUCAGUUAAUCAUUUUAUCUACGUCCAACGGCGCGGAUUUUCAGCAGUGUAUAUGUCUGUGUUUUUUUUUUUUCUCUCUCUUUUCCUUCCGUUGAACGGAUUAGUAGAUUUAUUUCAUUUCUUUUUUUUUUUUCUCUUUCUCUGUGAUUUUUCUUUCUUUUCUUUUUCCCCCCUCUCGUUUUUUUUUCUUUCUUUGCGUUCAACCGUCUUGUUUCUCCAAUCGCUUUCUCUUUGGGUUUAUCCCCUCCUCCGCGUUUUCUAUUUCAAUCCUUUUACCCGACUACUCGCUUCUUGUCUCCAUCUUUCCUUUACCUCUUUUUGGCCUCUCCAUCAUUCUUUACCCCCCACUCUUCGCUUUCUACUUUUCGCCAUCAUUCUUUCCCUUCCAUUUUGCUUAAUUCUUAGCCCGCCUCACGUCUUUGCUUUCUCCAUCAUUUUAGCACCCCACGUCUUCGCUUUCUCCAUUCUUUACACCCCCACGACCGAUGUCUUUGUUUUCUCUAUGAUUUUUUUUAUCUCCCUCACGUCUUUGCUUUCUCCAUCCUUAUUUAGCUCCCCCUUCUUCGUUUUCUCCCUUUCUACAUCACUCUUUCCCUCUCGUUUCGCUUUUCCUAUCCUUCUCAAUUUCGCCAUCAUUCCUCUCCCUCUUCACUUUUUUCAACCUUCUAUUCAAUACCUCUUCACUCUCUAA